AUAGUGUUAAACAUAGAGACACGUGUUGGAGUGAAUCAGGAGAUUCUAUGGCUCAAAGACGUCUUUUUGGAUUACUUCACUCCAUGCACUGGUCCCGUGCCAAGAGCAUAACUGUGGAGGCCCCUAAAGUGGCCUGGACUUGCUGCCAUGACUCUAGGGCUGCUCUAGCAGGGAAAAGAUGGAUGCAUUCUUUGUCAUCUGUCUGGUACAUCAUAAAGCGUAACUCAUAUGCAGUACAGCGAUCAUACGCAAAGAAAGCUGCUAAGAGUCAGAAGCGUUUGAAUGAGGAAGAGGCUGGAGUAAUAGACCUGGGGCGACUAGAAUCCUCUAUGCAGGCCGCCAUUGCUGGCCUCACGAGCGAGUUCACAAACACUGUUAUUGCACGCAUUACUCCAGCCACUCUGGACAGGGUGACUGUGGAGAUUGAUGGACAGCGUUAUCCUUUGAAGGCAGUGGCACAGAUCGGCAUGCCCAAUCCUUCUCUUAUCGUUGUCAACCUCUCCUCGUACCCAGAGGCUGUUAACGAUGCAGUAAAUGCCCUGAGGAGCUCUGAACUGAACCUAAACCCCAUACCAGAGAAGAAUGUUAUUAAGGUACCAAUUCCAAAGAUGAGCAAAGAACUUAGAGAGAGACUUGUAAAGGUUGCCAAGGCCAGUGCUGAGAAGACAAAGGUGGGCAUCAGGAAGGCAAGACAGAAGGGAAUAACUGAUAUCAAGAUCAAAGAUGAUGUGUCUAAAGACACAGUACGGAAGCUGGAGAAACAUAUUCAACAACUGACUGAUGACUUCACGGAUAAAGUUGAUGAGAUGCUGAAAGCAAAAAAUAAUGAAUUGACACAGGGGACGUGAUUCUACAUGUAUAACUCAAUCAAUAGCAUGUUCGUUAAUUUUCCACCACAGGUAUUACAAAACACAUAAAAAUUAUUUUGUGA